UGCGGGACUCGAUCCAGGGACUCCAGGAUCAUGACCUGAGCCGAAGGCAGUCGCUUAACCAACUGAGCCACCCAGGCGCCCUAAGUCAUAUAUUUUUUAAAUGAGCUAAGUGUUCAAUUAAGUUACAGAAGGACAAAAUAAAAGGAAGAGAUUACAGAAGUAGAAAACAAGGAUGCAAUAGAGGCUCAACAAAGUUUUAUGUUGACUGAAAAGAUGAACAAAGUAGACAAAAAUUUCUGUCAAUUUUAUCAUGGAGAAAAAAUAUACAAAUAACCCAUACCAGGAGUGAAAAGGGGUAUGUCAGUGUAGAUACUACAGAUAUUAAACAUGAAUAUUAAGAACAACAUCCCAAUAUGUUUGAAAAUUUAAGGAAAGGGGCAAAAUUCCUAGAAAAUGUUAUAUUUUGAUUAAAAAGAAAUCAGAAGCCUGAGCAGUACUAUUACUAUUCAAGGAGAGCCGUAGUUAAAAAUCUUCUCACAAAUAAAACUCUAGGUGUAGAGUACUUUAACAAACUUUAAAGAAUGUGUUAUUCUAAUCUUAUAUGUAUUCUUCUGGAGAAUAGAACUACUAUGUUUCAUACAUCAAAAACCAAUAUAACCUUGAUAGCAAAACCAGAUUGGGACAGUUAAUACAAGAAAGGAAGAUUAUAGGUCCAUUUUGUCAUGAGUAGAUAUGCAAAAGCAAACAAUGUAACACCAUAACCAAGUGGCAUUUAUCCCAGGAAUGCAAAAAUGGUAUAAUAGAGGGGCAUCUUGCUGGCCCAUUCAGUAGAGCAUGCGAUUCUUGCUUGACCUCAGGGUCAUGAGUUUGAGCCCCACAGUGGGUGUAGAGAUUAUUUAAAAAUUUUUUUAAAUGGUAUAUUAGAAAAUGUAUAAAUCUAAUUCACAUUUACAGAAUAAAAGUGAAAAACCAUCUGAUCAAUAGAUGCAGAAAAAAUUUAGUAAUCUUUUCAGCUUGAUGAAGGGUAUCUUUAAAAAUCUUACAGUAAACACCAUCCUAAGGUGGGAAAUGUUAGAAGCAUUUUCUUUAAAAUCAACAAUGGAACAAAGAUGAUUACUGUACUCGUGUUCAAAAUUGUACUGUAAAUGUUAGUGCAGCAAGAUAAGGAAAAUAAAGAUACAGUGACUGGGAAGGAAAAAAACUCAUGGUAUGAUUGUCUACAUAGAAAAUAAAGUAUUCCAUCAAAUUAUUAGACAUAAUUGGAGAGUUUAGUAAGGUGGCUAAAUAUAGGAUCAAUAUAUAUUUGUGAAUUGUACUUUUUGUAUACAGCCACCGUUAGAAAAUAAGAUUUUUAAAAAGACACCAAACAAUUGCAAAAAGAAUUCUGAAGUACGUAGUAAUCUAACCAAAGAUGUGCCAGAUCUGGGGAGAGAAAUUUAUAAAACUUUACUAAAAAAACAUUGAAGAGGACUAGAGUGAUCUAUGUUCAUGAGUAGAAGGACAAUAGUUUUUUAAAAAAUGAAAGUGUAGAUUUAGUGCAUCUCCAAACUGAAUCCCAAAAUUUCUGCUAGAAUUGACAAACUGAUCAAAAUUUAUGUGGCAAAGUUAGGGAUGAAGAAUGACCAAGGCACUUCUGAAGAACAAGAAAGGAGGAAGGGUUCAUCCUACCAGAAGGGCUUUUUAUGAAGCUGAAGUAUUUAAGAAAGUGUGACACAAUGCAGAAAUAGAGAAAAUGGCCAAUGGAUAGAAUAGAGAGCUCCAAAGUAGACCCACACAUAUUUAUAAAUUUCAUGGUGUCAGAGAAGACAUGGUAGGUCAAUGACAGGACUAAUCAUUAAAUGGAGCUGACAAAGGAAUAUAUGAAACGAUCUUUUCCUUACACUAUACACAAAAAACAACUCUGUUUAAAUGUCCUGAAACUGUAGAACUUCUGAUGUAGAAAAUAUAGUUGAAAUUAUAGGUGAAAUAUAUUUUGAAAAUACAGGUGGAUACCUUCCUAAUCUGCUUCUAAGAACUUCUUAAACUGAAAUUGAAAGAAACCAUAAAAGGUGACCAUGAGAGAAGUAAGUUGUGCUAUGUUAUAAAUUGUUCAUUUAGAACUUCUGCCCGUCAAAAGGAGUGUUAAAGCCAAACUACAAGCUAUGAGAAGAUAUUUGCAAAACUCAACCAAAGAUAGAUUAGUAUCCAUAUAUACAGAAAUUCUACAAAUAAAAAGAACAAUGGGAAAUGGCUGGAACAGGUCUCUACAGAGUUGGAAGUGCAUGUGGACUAAUAAACUAUUAAAUGGUCUUCAAUUAUUAACAGGGAAAGCAAAGACCACAGUGACAGGGUUAAAUUCAACUGGCAAAAAUUAAGCCCAAUGAAGUCAAAUGUUGCAGAGAAUUUUAAUAAGAUUACUCAUAAAUUGCUGGUGGAAGUGUCAAUUGGUAUAUCUAUGUGAAAAAACAUUCAUUUGAAAAGUUGAACAUUCCCCACAGCCUACCAGCUCAGCUUGUAGGUAUAUACUCAGAGAAAUACUUGCACAAAGUGCCCCAGAAUGCAUCUAUAAGAAUGUUUUGGAAAAAAUCCAAAUGUCCAACAGGAGGGUAAAGUGUUGUGUGCUCACAUUAGGGACUAUCACGUGGUGGGCAAAAUGAGUGAACAUCAGCUACAUGGAGCACAGCACCUUAAUAUAACAUAGAUAGGAAAAGCAAAAUGCUCAGAAGACUAUGACAGAACUUUUCUCGUAAAGUUCAAAAACUAAAACUGAACAAUUGUUUAAGCAUAUAUGUGUGUAUAUGUAUAUAGAACAAAACUAUUUUUUUAAAAAUCCAAAUAGUGAUAAACCCAAAGUUCAGGAUAGGUUACCUCUGGUAUGGAGGAGGAAAAGGGAGAGAAGUGGGAGGAACAAAUCAAAGAGUAAGUCAUUGUUGAUGUUCUAGUACCUGGAUUAGAUGAUGGGUUCACUUGUUAUGAAAAGUACAUAAAUGAAUGAGGACAAUUAUGCACAAACCAUUGGUGGUGUGUUAUGAACCAAGGAUUAUGAUUAGUCCAGUGCUCCUGCAUUCAAAAACAAAAAGUAAAACAAGACCUGCUGAUGACUUGGAUUUGGGAGAGAGGAAAGGAGAGAAGUUGGGUCUGAAUCCUAAGCUUUUGGCUUGAGCUAUUACUGCAUUUAUUGAGAUGGGGAAAUCUGGGAUAGGUUCAAAUUAUGUAUGCAUGGAAUAAGACAAGAACUCAGUGUUUGACAUGUUAAGUUUGAGAUGCCCAUUAAGUGUCAAAAUGGAGAUACUAAGUAGGUAUUGAUAUACAAGUUCAAAUUCAAUGAUAAGGUCAGGCUAGGUGAUACAUUUGGGAGUAGUUUAGCUGUGGGAUCAGAUAGGAGUUUAGGGAUACUUUAGAGAUGGAGAAGUAUGGCACUGGGCCCUGCGUUACCAUGACAGUGAGAGAAAAAGCCUGCAAAGAAGACUGACUACAGAGGAGCUAGCAGAAAUGGCAAGGCAAAGGAGAUGGAAUAAUUAGUGUGCUGAUUAAUCUCGGCUCAGGAGAGUAUUUCUAGACAGAAUUUAAUUGCCUAGACUACCAAUUCUAAAAAAGAAAAGACUUUUUGAUGAAUUUCUAUAAAUAAGUUCAGAGCUGAGGAGAGAGCCUGGCCUAAUGGAGAGAAGUUGGAUUAGGAGUUGCUCAGGAGAACUGCAUUCUCCUGGGGUGGUUCCCAAAACUGAUCAGUUAGGCAGGUCACCACUCCUCUCCGGCCUCCUCAAUGAAGGCCAAAUCAAGUGUUCUCUGUCGUCUGUCUCAGCUCUAGAACAAUCCACAACCUUUGACUCGGAAUUUACACUGGAAGAACAAAGGUUUGGUUUCUGAACAUUGGGGCUCAGCCCUUCAGUGGCAGCCCACCUACCCACUUAGCACCAAGACCAUGUGAAUUCUGUGUGUUUGUGUUUUGUGCAGCCAGAGUCCUACAUGGGUCUGCUUUUAUUCAGAGACUUGUUUUUAAAGGUUUUCUUUGUUGUGUUUUUCCCUCAGUAAUUUUGACACAAUGUGUAAGACAAAGAGGUCAAAGAAGAAUUUAUAUUUGUGUCUAACUUUUGUGCUAGAAAAAUAGUUCCAUUUUUUUUCAUGGAAUGCAGUACAGUUACCAUCUCAUCAGGCAACUAAGUUUCUUUGAUAUAGACACAAAUAAGGGCCCAGCAGUGUCUGUUAAUUUUUGUACAGAACUUCUAGACAGAAUUCCUCAUCAUUCACACAUAUUGGGUCUGCUGUAGGUGCUGGAGAUACAGCAGUGAGCAAGACAGGUGAGGUCACUUCUCGUGGAGCUCUCAGUUCUGUGAGAAAUGGACAAAAGGACUAACAUUAAAAGAAGAUAGGCUUCGCUCCAAUAAAAAGAAAAUGAAGAUUUUUCAAGAGCAUUCAUAGGCUUCAAGUCGAGAGGACAGCACUUACUUCCUGAGCUCUGAGAAACCGUGUUCUGGGAGGAAGUAUUACUAGGACCCCAGCACCAUGGAUAUGUUAGGGGAAAAUGAGGCCCUGCAGCAGUUCUUCGAAGCUCAGGGGCCCAGUGACACUCUGGAGAACCCGGUGCUGGAUACAAGUCUGCUGGAGGAAUUCUUGGGCAAUGAUUUCGAUCUGGGGGCCUUGCAGCAGCAGCUCCCAGAUACUCCACCCUACUCAGCGUCAGACUCCUGUUCUCCUCCACAGACCAAAGGUGCAUGCUGCCCGGCCGUGAGACCCGCAGCCGGGAGGACUCCUGCUACUUUUCUCCACUCGGCAGCUGCUCCUGGGACGCUCCCUGCACACCUGCCACAGAGCUCGUGUGAAAUGAGGGACUCUGCCCACAGCCACGGCAGCUUUCGCAACUGCUACCCAGACACCAGGCAUCUUACGACCCCCCCGGACCGAUGCGUGUCCUCCCAUCUGGGGAUAAGCCGUCCUUACCAUCAGCAGCCUCUGUGCCACAGCCCUGGAGCCUCAUUGCCACCAACCAAGAAGAGAAAGUGCACACAGACGCUGGAGGACUCCGUGGACUGUCACAUGUGGGCCCAUCACUCCAGACCAAUGACAAGUAGGAGUUUCAGCAGCGAAGUGCAAGACUACGACAGUGAGGGACAGAACAUGACGCCUGUCGACCAGUGUUCUCCUUCUCUGAAGUGGCAGCCAUACCAAAGCGUGCCUUGGCACAGUUUAUUCACUGGUCAUUAUGAGAAACUACCUGAUAUAGGCUAUCGAGUUAUCAUAGACAAAGGAUUUAAUUUUUCACCAGCAGAUGAAGCUUUUGUUUGCCAAAAGAAGAACCAUUUUCAGAUAACCAUCCAUAUCCAAGUUCGGGGAAAUCCAAAAUUUGUCAAAACCCAAAUGGGCCUAAAGCCAAUAGAAAUGUUUUACUUGAAAGCUUUUGGGGUUAAGGUAGAAGCCACCAAUCAAAUAAUUGCUAUUGAGCAAUCCCAAGCAGAUAGAAGCAAAAAGAUUUUCAAUCCUGUUAAAGUCGACUUGCUGGCCGACCAGGUCACCAAAGUGACCCUGGGUCGGUUGCACUUCACUGAGACAACAGCGAAUAACAUGAGGAAGAAGGGAAAACCAAAUCCUGACCAGAGAUACUUCAUGUUGGUGGUUGGAUUGUAUGCUGCUCACCAAGACCAGUUCUAUCUAUUGUCUGCCCAUAUCUCUGAACGGAUCAUUGUAAGGGCCUCUAACCCUGGGCAGUUUGAAAAUGACAGUGAUGCAUUAUGGCAGCGAGGGCAAGUUCCAGAAUCCGUUGUUUGUCAUAGUCGAGUGGGAAUAAAUACAGAUGCCCCGGAUGAAGCCCUGGUCGUCUGUGGCAACAUGAAAGUGAUGGGGACCAUUAUGCAUCCCUCUGACAGCCGGGCAAAGCAGAACAUCCAGGAGGUUGACACAAAUGAACAGCUAAGACGAAUAGCCCAAAUGAGGAUCGUUGAGUAUGACUACAAACCUGAAUUCGCGUCUUCAAUGGGAAUAAACACUUCCCAUCAAACAGGGAUGAUCGCCCAGGAGGUACGAGAGAUCCUGCCUCGAGCUGUCAGAGAGGUUGGUGAUGUCACCUGUGAAAAUGGAGAGACGCUGCCCAACUUCCUCAUGGUCGAUAAGGACCAGAUCUUUAUGGAAAAUGUGGGUGCAGUGAAGCAGCUCUGCAAACUAACCAACAACCUUGAAGAAAGGAUAGAAGAGUUAGAAAUAUGGAACAGAAAGCUGGCCAGGCUGAAGCGGCUCAGUAUUUGCAAGUCCUCAGCCAGCGAAGCAAGCUCCAUCAGCAAAUUUAGCAGAGCUGUUAGUGCAUCUUCUCCAAGAAGGGCCCUUCCCCCAAAAAACAACAAGGUUUAUUUUUCAGGAAAAAAACAGUUGUGUCCUAACUGGGUUUUCCAGACCUUGGUUAUAACUCUCAUUGCUGUGAUGGCAUUUUGUGCCUUGACGAUAGUCUCCCUGUACAUACUUAGCUUAAAAGAUCAAAAUCAACGUGCCCCAAGUCUCCCUCCGAGCAAUAUCACAAGCCCUCAGGAGCCCGCCCUGCCGCCCACAGCCUCUCCCACAGCACCCAAUACGUCCCUGGUGACCACACAGUCCUCCUUCCAAGUACCAGAAAUCACUUUCUGUGAGAUCCUGCCCUGUCAGGAGACUUACUGCUGCCCCAUCCAGGGAAAGAGAAGAGUCCCCUCCAGUCCUGCGCGAAGGUGGUCUCAGGAGGAGGAAACCCAUCAGAGGCUGUGGGCAGAAGACAGAAGCUUGUUAUUCCUGGCAAGAGAUGCGCUAACCAGCCCUGACUGGGGGAGUGACUGGAUUGAUACAACCAUUAGUUCUAUUCAGAUCAUGGAAAUCCAGCAAGUAAUAGAUCAUCGGUAUUGUGGCGGAGGCCUCCAGUGCAGCGCUGGAAAUUACAAUUACAAUAUUCCUGUUAAUAAGCACACACCUACCAAUGUCAAAUUCUCUCUGGAAAUCAACACAACAGAGCCAUUGAUAGUCUUCCAGUGCAAAUUCACCCUUGGAAAUAUAUGUUUCCAUGGCAAAAGGGGAGCCAAAGGGAUACAAAGCCGCCAAGAAGCCUCCCAAGAGAUGACACAGGGCUAUCAGCACAUUCGGAGCCUCCCUGUGGCCCCAUUCUUUGACAGCAUGUACCAUUUCCGUGUCGCUGCGCCGGAUUUAGCGGACUGUUCAACGGAUCCUUAUUUUGCGGGGAUAUUCUUUACAGAUUACUUCUUUUACUUCUAUCGGCACUGUGUCUAAUUUAUUCGAGUUUGGUGGAGGACUUUGCCAAAGAAACAUACUCAGAAAUACGGUCAACAGAAACAUAGCCUCUUGCAAUUUCUUUCUUCUCUUUGAAAAACAUUCACAUUUAUUGCCAUAGGACUUUUUCAAGGCUUUGGCUUCCAACAGUUUUGAGCCAUUAAUGAGGAGAAUAAAGUGUUGGCUGCAACUUGAGAUAAUGUGGUCUUUGAUUUUACCGGGACUAUGAAGAAAACAUUUCUUGAGGGAGACAGCACGGUUGGGCUUGAAAAUACUGCUUCUGGUAUUAAGGAAUCUU